AAAUAAUUGCUUUGACAAUUUCGCGUUCAGAUUCAGUUGGACUUCUUCCUUUUACACAGUGGAUAUUUCGAUCAGAUGUAAAACUGAUUGAUUGUUCAAAAUGGAUGCGAUGGAAGGCGAGUCAAGCAUCGCUGACAUGAUACGAGAUGCGGCUAACGAAGUGUUGCAUUCUCGCGUUCCUGAAGGAUUUGAGUGGAUCGAGUCUUACGGGCAAUACUACUCGCCAAGUUGUGGAUUCUUCUUUGAUCCGAAUACUGGCUUAUUCUAUCACCACGAAUCGGAAACCUAUUACAUAUUCAACGACGAGACCCAGCAGUAUGAGGUUUAUAAGUGCAUGCGUAAAACGCAAUGGACUUCCAAGUCUAAUGAGAGAAAAGCUAAAGAAAUGUUUGCUGGUGCGCUGGACCAAUUUGAUCAAGAUGCGGUCGAUGUAUGCGAGGUUGUCUUCGAUCUUACAGCGAAGCUCAGCCUCGAGGACGAGGUGGUUGAUGAUGUUUCAACGAGCGAAUCGCACGGUUCACCCGUGAUCGUACAUGAGGAAGCUGUUCCAUCUACGGAAUAUUUUGACGAGGCCACGGGAGAGAUGAUUACAGUUCCCGGAAAGAUGCAUAAAGAGCCAACAAAUAGUAAGGAAAGGCGGAAAGAGCGCAGGAGAAAAGCUAGAGAAGCUAUGAAGAAUGGCUUGGUUCCUCAUGAAGUUGAAAAUGAUACAAGCGAAGAAGAAGAUGAGAGGAUUCAGAUGAGAGAAGAUGAAGGUUUUUCUCAACCGCCGCUGCUGCGAAUAAUUGACUCCAAAAACCAUCUCCAUGUGGUCACGAUUUGUGGAGGGACUGUCGGAAGGCAAUCAGGCAGCGACAUUUUGGUGGAAGAUCCGACUUUGUCAAGGAAAUUGCUGGAAUUUGUUUUUGUUCCUGAAAGCAAUUCAUUUGUUGUGAAAAAAGUUACUGAGAAAGGUCAUGUUGCCUUGAAUGAUUACGAAUUGAAGCCAAAUGAUGAAAGAGAACUUGAACAUGGUGAUUUUCUACGAUUUGGAUCUGAAUUUUUGCGGAUACAUGUGCAUUUUGGUAAUAAUACUUGCUCUGGAUGUGAGCCAGGCCUUCUUCCGCCAAAUCCUACCUCCAUAUCUCAGAGCCUUGCAGUUCCACAUGGCGAAACUGCUCGGCGCCGCAAUCUGAAAGCCAUCAAGGCUUUGUACGGAAUAAAUGACUAUGCGGAAAGUGCUCGAAAUCCCCGUUACGGCGUUGAUCGAGCAGCGAAAAGGCGGAAACUUGUGGGAUCAGAAAUCGAUGUGAAGAAGGACGGUGUGGACGUUAAUGACAUCUAUGCUGGAUGCGCUGCAAAACCUAUACCAGGCGUUGUUGUUCCAUCCAAAUUUGACCCAGUAAAGCCACUGAAUGAUGCGAACAAGGGAUUCCGUCUACUUCAAAGCAUGGGUUGGAAAGAAGGCGAAGGCCUUGGGAAGGAAGGUCGUGGCAGACAAGACCCGGUUGAAUCUGCCGUACGCAAGGAUCGCCAAGGGCUGGGCGCUGCGGAAGCGAAACCUCAGCCAAAAACUCGGAAGGAUGUAAUUCUAGAAAAAACCAGGGAGCGAUAUGAACAGCUGUUCAACGAAUCUUAGAAGAAAACAUCUCGUCAUGUCAGCCAUUUGUAAGUAUGUGAUAUUUAUGAUUACUUCGAAGAUAAAGAGUGUGUGCUGAUGUAUCGUCAAAGAUGUUAUUUUCUUUGCAUGUUCUUUCACCGCGUAAGCGAAUGCAAAUGGUAUGUGAAGAAUGUUUUGUCAUG